GGCGAUGGUGAGCCGCAGAAGAAGAGACAGAAGCGCAACAAACCGACUCUGUCAUGCUUCGAGUGCGUGGAGAGGAAAACCAAGUGUGAUCGGGGUCGGCCAAACUGCCUCGCAUGUAUCAAGAGGCAGACGGAGUGUCGGUACGCUCAGGUGGCCAACCUCCUGGAAGAGACAUCUCGGGCAUCCGCCAGCGGCAGGCGGACGACUAAGCCGCCCAAGAAGAAGCCUGGGCCAGUGAUGAACCCGAGGUCAGCCAUCCCUAACAUCGCAGACCGCGGUGUGUUCUCCACCAACAACUACCUUAGCAGGGCCGCGGUCGCCCUCUCAACGGGCCUCCUGUCCAACAUCCCCUACUCGCUGGCCACAGGCUCCAACAUUUUUGGCAUCGGGGCCGGCCACCCUUUUACCAACAUCUGGACGCGCAACUGGGGCCUUGACGAGGUCAUAGUUAUGAUGCCCAACAAGGUCCAGUGCGACAUCCUCCUGACGCGCUACUUUGAGUGUGUCGACCCUGUCUAUCCCAUGCUGCACCGCCAGGCCUUCCUCGAUGAGUAUGACCACUUUUGGGCUCUCUCCGUCGAAGAGCGGUGCCAGUCGGACCCGGCCUUUGUGGCCCUCAUGUUUGUCAUGUACGGCCUCGGCACCCAGUUUCAGCGUAUCCCCAACAGCAACGAGCAGUCCAAGGCCAACACCGCCGAGAUGUACGCCUCGGCGGCGAACCAGGCCCUCCGCGCCGCCUCGUACCUGUCGUGCGCCUCCAUCCGCUCCAUCCAGGCCAUGGUGCUGAUGGUCUACUUCCUCAUCAACGACAACCACGCCAGCGACGGCUGGGCCUUUGCCGGCAUUCUCAUGCGCCAGUCGUACGCCAUGGGCCUGCACCGCGACCCCAACAUUGUCACACCCGAGGCCACAGCCUUUGAGAAGAACGAGCGCCGCAAGCUGUGGCAGGCCGUCCUCCUGCAGGACACCUUCAUGACUGUCCUGCUGUCUCUGCCCCCCAACGCCACCCACACCGAUGUCAACGUCGACGACCUCUACGACGAACCCGCCGAGGCCUACACCACCCACAACGGUACCAGCCACGCCACUACCGACACCGCCUACAUUCGCGGCAGCUGGACCCUGGCCAACCUCGUCCAGGAGUCCAUCUGCAGCCCCCGCUGCCUCGACAUGCCCAUCUGUGCGACCCCGCGCCACAAGACCAAGCUUGUUGCCGACUUCCGCGCCGUCUACCGCUCCUUUCCAGACGUCUUCCGCUCUUGGGACGCCGAAAGCCUCACCUCCCUCGCCAUCCAGGACAGCCGUGCCGUCCGCCAGACCCUGUUCCUCACCAGCAACUACUUCCACAACCUCAUGCUCGUCCACGCCAGCGAGAGCACCGAGGUCCCCGUCAAUGUCCGCGGCACCCUCGAGGCCGCCCACGAGGCCAUGAACGCCUUCUUCAUGCUCUUCACCCUCUUCGAGCAAGAGGCCCGCACCUGGUGGGUCUUUAGCCACCGAGCCUUCCUCGAGGCCAUGUGUAUCGGCAGCGUCCUGCGCGAGACAGCAAAAGAGCCAGGCGGGGACGAGACUGUUGCAAAAGAUCAGCUUUUUGUCAGGGGCAAGGGCGACAUUAAUCGCAUGGUCCAGAUCAUGAACCGCAUGGGCGAAGGCGAAGACGGCUCCGACGUGGCGAGGACGAGGGCGCAGGUGCUGAGCGAGUUUUUAUGA